AUGUUCUCUUGUGUAUGUGUGUCUUGUGUUCGUGCAUCAAAAAAUUCUGGUAUAUCUAAUUUAUCUACAACUGGGAGUUUAAAUGGAAAUGCUCCUAUUGUCGAUAUUAAUAUUGAUUGUUCAUUAUCACCAUCAUCUUCUUCAACAUCUUCAAAUUCAGUGCAACAACAUUUUCGACAUCGACCAUCUUUCAUAUUAGCAUCACUAUCCGAACAUUUAGCGCCUUCAUUUAGUGAAUCAACGCAAAUUGAACAAAAUAGAGCUGCAUUAACACCAAUGAACAGACAUCAUCGAUCAUCGAAAGAUUCUUCGACAGAUCGUCUAUCAUCUAUUGGUACAUUAUCGACAGAAAUUUCUUCCUCAUCGAAAUAUGUUCCAUCAUCAUCAUCUCUACUUGAAACAUCAACAUCGUCCACUCGUCAGUCAAAAACAAAAUUAGUAUCCUAUUUUUUUGGUCGAACAAAACCAAAAGAAACUUUAAUUACACAACAGAAUAAUGGUGGCAAUGGUUUUAAUUCAUCUGAAUCAUUAAAACGAACAAAAAGUGUAACAAAACUUGAACGUCAAAAACGUUAUUUGAGUGGAGCAAAAAUACUCAAUUCACCAACGACAUAUGUACCAAUAACAAAUCGUUCACGUUCUCAUGAAUCAUUAUUUGCAUCUACGUCAUCAUCUCCUCAAAUAAUGUUAGAAAAUUGUCACAUUCGAACUCUUCAUCCAUCUGUUUUGGAUAAUAAUUAUUGUUUACAAAUAACAACACCACAAAGUAAACAAUAUUUAAAAUGUAAAACAGAAACAGAUUGUCAAAAAUGGAUACAUGCUCUACGAGAGACAUGUGAUCCAAAUUUGAAUACAACUCAAAGAACAGAUAAUUCAUUAGAUAUAUGGAUAUUAGAAGCCAAAGGACUACCACCAAAACGAAAAUAUUAUUGUAAAAUAUUUCUUGACGAUGAUAUCUAUGGAAAAACAACAGCGAAAGAACGACGAGAUAUUUUAUUUUGGGGUGAAAGUUUUACAUUUAAAGGUUUACCAGAAGGUUGUACAGUAUUACGUUGUAAAAUUUGUCGAGAAUUAGAAAGGAGAAAAAAACGUUACAAUGAAAUUGGUUAUGUUGAUAUUCCAUUGUCAACGAUAACUGGAAAUCAAUUUGUUGAACAAUGGUAUCCCGUUUAUACAAUAACAUCGUCAAAUUCAAAAGAGAAAAUACGUGAUACAACAUUUAAUAUUCGAAUUAAAGCCAAAUAUCAAGCCAUCGAUAUUUUACCAUUAGAUAAAUAUCAACAAUUACAACAAUAUAUUGAACGAGAUUAUCUUCGUUUAAUUCGUAUAUUGGAACCUCAUAUAUCAUUACGUGACAAAGAUGAACUGGCAACAUCAUUAACUCGUAUAGCUCAAUAUUUAUCAUUUUCAACAUCAUUUCUUGUCGAUAUUGUUAAAGCAGAAAUUCAAAGUACACCCGAUUUAACAUUAACAUUUCGUGGUAAUUCAAUUGCAACAAAAGCAAUGGAAGCUUAUAUGAAAUUGAUUGGUGAAACAUAUUUAAAAGAUACUUUAACAAAAUUUGUUAUCGAUAUUGUUGUUAAUAAUUCAACGGAUCAUGAACUUGAAGUUGAUCCUGGACGUGUGUCAAAUACACAACAUUUAGAAAGAAAUCAAAUUGGUUUAAGAGUAUUAUGUGAAAAAGUAUGGCUCGGAAUUCAACAAUCACAUACAAUGUUUCCAAAUGAAUUAAAACGAAUAUUUUGGGCAUUGCGUCAAUGGCAUUAUGGUCAAUCAUCUUCGGAUGAGACAAUGUUUAAUUUAAUUAGUGGUUCAGUAUUUUUAAGAUUUUUAUGUCCUGCCAUAUUGUCUCCAAACUUAUUUGGUCUUACACAAGAAUAUCCAAGUGAAAAAUCAUCGAGAAAAUUAACAUUGAUUGCUAAAACUCUGCAAACAUUAGCAAAUUUUUCACGAUUUGGUAAUAAAGAAUCUUAUAUGAAAUUUAUGAAUGAUUUUGUUGGCAAAGAAUCUGAUAACAUGAAACGAUUUUUGGCUAAUAUAUCUACAAUUAAUCCUGACUGUGAAGAAUAUCAUCGUUUACAACAAAAAGAGAAAACUGAAUUGAAUAAAUGUGAUAUUGAUUUAGGACGCGAAUAUUCUCUUCUUCAUGGUACAUUGGCUGAAUUAUUCAAACAAAUUGAUUUUCAAAUUCGUGACAGUUUAUUAGAAUUAAAUGGUAUUUUGAAUGAAAUAUCAGAGACGAAAACUUUAUGUUUAAAUACAAAAGAUGUUCCUGCUGCAAAUGUACAUUAUCAUCAACAUCAUCAUCAUAUCUAUCUCGGUUCUUCAUCACCGUCAAUUACUCACUAUGCUGCAUCCUAUUAUACACCUAAUAAUAGUCCAAUUCUACCGAAUACAAAUUGUUAUACACCGAUAAUAAAAAGUCAUCCUAUAACAGCAGAAGUCAAACAAACAUCUGUACCGUAUUCAUUAUGUAAUCAUCAAAAUAAAACAACAUUAAUGCCUAAUAAUAUUCGACCGCCUGCCGAUUAUUCAACAAUUUCUUCAUCUUCUUCUCAUUCAACGUCAUCUUCGACAAAUUGGAAUCAAGAAAAUCAAAAACAUUCGGUGCAUUUUCACCAUCAUUACUCAACAACGACCGGAAAUUUACCGGAUAAAGGACACAAUCAUCUGCCACAGCCAUUUAAACAUCCUUACACUCACUUGAACAGUGAUGGCUAUGAAGAGGAGUCGUUAUCGUCGUCUCAUCGCUCUGUAUACGGUAGUCAAAUUUCACUAAGUCAGUUAUCGUCCUCUCUCGCUGCUACAUCUGGUUAUCAUUCUUAUUCAAAUUCUCAAUCAAAUUCACCAAUUGAUGGUGGAGGUGGUGUGAAUAAUAAUCAAAAUAAAGAAAAUCUCAUUAAUGGGAUGAAUGGGGUUAAUAAUAAGCAACAGUCGCAACAACAACCUCUACCUCUAGCAUUCAAUAAUCCUGUAUUUAAAUUAAAUUCGUGUAAUCAUCGUUUAAAAAACCCGAUGACAGUUGGCUCUUCAGAGCAGGAAAUUAUUGAAUUUGGUCAGGGUCAAGAACAGGAGGCGGAGGAGGAGGAGGAUAGCGAUGACAUAUCGAAUAUUGAUGAAAAUGAUGAUGAACAAGAUAAACAACAGAAAAUACAGUAUUCAAACAAUGAACAGUCAACACAGCAGACUUUAGUUACUAAUUCACCUGCACGACAUAGUACACAAUCUCAUUCUCCAAAAGCAUUAUAUUUCGUCAAUAGUUUAUGUCCAACAAAUGUAAAACAAUCUACUACUGAAAAUUCAUUUCUAUUAAUGAAUGAAUCACCAUCUCAGACAUCAUUAUCAUCAUUACAAUGUUUUUCAUCUCAACAACCGUUAAGUGGAAGUUGUAAUUCAUUAAAUGUUGAUACAUCGUCAAAGACUAUUCAACCACCAUUAUUGUUCGUUAAUAAUAGUUUUUCACCAUCUGCUGUUAGUAGUCGUAGUAUACAAAGUUUAAAUCAUCAAGGAUCACCUAGUGUUGCAUCCGCUUAUAAUCGUCAAUGUUUUAUUCAACAUAAUGAACAAACAGAACAAUCUAAAAACAUGACAACAACAGACAACAGUAAUACGAACUUUUCGUUUUAUUGUCUAAGAGCAUCAGCAGCAAAUGAUACCAAUAGAAGACAAUCAUUACAACCACCAAAAAUGGGUUUAAAAGCACUAAAUCAUUUAGUUAAUAAGGAAUUGCCUCGUUCUCAUAUGAUGAAUUUGUACCAAGAAGAAAAAUAUCGUCGACAAGAAAGUGAAAAACAACAAGAAAGACUACAAAUGGAAUUAGUCCAAUCCCGUGAACAAAUUCAUCAUCUUCGACAUUUAAUGUAUCUAAUCGAUGAAAAUGUUAUUUUAGACGAAUCGAUAUCUUCCUUAUCAUCAUCAUCAUCAUAUGAUAAUAAUGUAACAAAUAUUGACGAUAUCGAAGAUGAUUCUAAACCAAAUUAUAGUUUGGAAAAAAAUUAUUAUUUAAAUGAUAGCGAACAAACAGACAACACGAACAAUUAUUUCUUUUUAUAUCGAAAAGAAGAUAAUAUUGAUGAAGCUUAG